GUUGUCCGACCGAUCUAGCUAGCUAGUAUUCAUUUUGAUUACCGUGUAUACGUGCUCUCCAAUAUAUUAUAAUCGUGCUAUUUCUUCCAUUUCAGUUUCUUUCAUUAUUUCUUGUCCCUGUAAGUUGAAUCAGUAAAUAUAUGCAAACGUGUACCCUGUACACUUUUGAAGAAAGUUUUUAGUGUUUUGUGAAGUGAGUGUAUAACAAUGAUGAUGACAGAAGAUAAACAUCGAGAGCUUACCGAAGAAGAGAAGGCUCGCGUGGAGAAUAUACUGAAUGGUUUUCAAGUAAAUUGGAUGAACUUACGUGAUGCAGAUACAAGUAAGAUAUUGUGGCAGCACAAUGAAGAUAUGUCAAACCCGGAUGUGGAGCACGAAGCACGUGUCCCCAAGAGGAUCCUCAAGUGCCGUGUUGUCUCCAGGGAGAUCAACUUCAGCUCUGUUGAGUCCAUGGAAAGAUUCCGUCUAGAACAGAAAGUACUCUUCAAGGGCCAUUGCAUGGAGGAGUGGUUCUUUGAGUUUGGCUAUGUGAUCCCGAACUCUACCAACACUUGGCAGUCCAUCAUUGAGUCCGCACCUGAGUCGCAAAUGAUGCCUGCUCAUGUUUUAAAUGGACAGGUGGUGAUAGAAACAAGAUUCUACGAUGGAGAUUUGUUGAUCACAACCUCGCGAGUGAGACUGUUCUAUGUUUAAUUAGAAUUUCACACCGCAAAGGCAUUUCCUAGUCAAUUGCUUUUAGAUACCACAAUGAGUGAAUUAAGUGAUAGCACUUAGGUUAAGCCCUUGCUCUGGAUUUGACACUAUAUUGGGCAGUAGAUACAAUUUCCCUGCCAGUAUUAGCCAGCGCUGUAAGUUCAGCUUAUUCACGAAAAUGAUGAAGUUAUAUCUUCUUAAUUUUCGUUUCUCAACUUCUCUACCCUCUCUUUCUAUCUCUAAGGUAAACCAAACAGUGAAAAUUACAUUGGAUUGUAAAAAAAACCCUGUUAUUGUAAUCAGAUAAGAUCUUUUUUUAGUCACAGACUAGAUAAUAGAACUGAUAGCAUAAUAAGAUGUUGUAAAAGAAAUAGAAAAGGGUAUGGUAAGAUGGUUUGGUCAUAUGGGGAGGGUGAAUAAAAUGAUGCAGGUUGACUAAGCAAAUAUACAAGGAGAGUGGGAGGAGGGAAAGGUCGGAGUGGGAAGGCCUAGACGAACGUUUCUUGAUCAAAUUAACGACGUCCUGGCAAAGGGUCAGGUCAAGAUUACCCGAAAUCGGCGAGAUUGGAUGAAGGGAGUUAUGAAUGUGGAUGAAGCGAAGGAAGUAUGCAGCGAUCGUGGCAAGUGGAAAGAUAUAGUCUCUGCCUACCGUCCGGGGAAAAGGCGUGAUUUUAUGUAUAUAUGUAUGUAUGUAUAGCAUACUAUAGGAAAUAAAAGUUGAACCAAAAUGUUGGUAAUUUGCGUAUAUUUGUGAGCUGGACAUCUCCAAUGUCUCGCCUUUAGUUGAGCACUCAUGAUAUGUAAAGCUGAACUUACUUUGCCUUUAAUCUAUGCAAGUGAUAAAUAUCUUCAGAGUGAGGGCUCUGUAUUAAACCGUAACAUGAGUUUGAGCUACAAAAUGUAUGAGCUUUAUUAGUUUCAUAGUAAAUUGAUUUUUAAAUGUGCAGGGUACCGCAAAGUUUUAUGUAGGUACUUAAUAAGGUCACUUUACUGCAAAUUUAAAAAAAUACAGUAAGUUUAUUUGAUAAAAUUUAAUUGUAGCGGAGUGCUCAAUGGUAUAUAAUAUCAUUUGAGAACUCCAUGUACAGUCAACAAUGUAAUUUUGUAAUUUAUAUGGAUAAUUUUAUCAUCACACUAAGCAUAUAACACAAAAGCUAAUGCUUAAAAUAUAUAUCCAAAAGCUAUUUUUUCAAGUGUUAUCGUUAUAUACUGUUUAGUAGAUAACAUUUUUACCUAAUUUAAAAACAUGCACAAUGUCACGUUUCCUUUAAGGGACAACAUCUCUCUAUUUGCCAAGAUCCCUGCAUACAUCUUUCGCUUUGUCCAGAUUUAUCACUCUUAUUUAUGCAAGUUUGUCCGAUUAGGUUAUUUUUUUAAUUGCGACUAUUAAUUCCCACUUAUUUUGUUGACUGUACAAAAAUGUCCUGCUUUUAUUUGAUGUAAUAGCAAAAUUUCAUUAUGUACUUGUACUUCAGUAAAAAAGUUAACUGUUUUUAUUAAAGAAACCAAUAAUAACUUUAUCUAAAUCCUUUUAAAACUUCAGCAUAAAGGGAAGCACGCAAAACUAAAUACAUCCAUAGGUAGAAUUUACUACGUAAUGUAUGAACCUGUUUUCCGUAAAAUUAAUAUUUUGUAAUGAUUUUUACACUUGUAGUUCCUCUGCCUUUAAGUCUGUGAUUUGUAUUUUAAUAUGUAUUAGAACAGAAUAAAAUUAACUUAAUUUUAAAUUUAGAAAGUGUAAAAUUCUUAAUAGUAACUAAUCUUACUUAGCACUCAAUAUGUCCUAAACAGUGCAUAAGAUUUUUGAAUAUUCGUAUCCACGUGCCUAGGAUUGCCACUCACAUUGUGUCAACAAUAUAGGAAUAAAACCAAUUUAUAUCUACAAUAAUAAAAGGAACAAACUGUACAGUUUCUAAAAGAUAAAAAUUAAGAUAGAUAUAUACAUACAUCUAUGUAUAUACAUAUAUCAUUUGUCUACUAAAACUAUUACUAUACAUCCAAUUGUAUUUAUAGAAUAAACUAAAUAUUACUUCCCCGAUUUUGAUGUAAUUUAUCUUCAGAAGUAAACAAUAAGCUCCUUUUAUUUCUAGUAAUUCCCUUAUGUGGCAACCCUAGGUUAAAUUUCUGUGCAUUUUACUUGUGUGUAUGCAUUAUAUGAAGUGUAAGUUCUUGUAAAUAUCGACCUUGCAUUGCAUUUGAUACUAUAUAGAAUCUGAUCUUACUAAGAAGUAUUCACAGUGUCGCGUGAGCGGUCGGUAAGUUCGCACACGUACUGAGUUAGACAAAUUUGCUCGCAUUGCCGUUGACUUUGUUCUCGGUCUACCCUCAUCAUGGACGAUGAUAAUUCUGUAGAUGAGAGUGACAAAAGUGAUUCAGACAUAAUAAAGGAGUGCGAAAUACAAAUGAACCAAAUUCUUGACAGCAGAUUAGAAAAAUUUUCGGAGUUGGAAAAAAAUGAAAUUAGGUUAGAAAAAAGGAAAAAAUGUGACGAUGAUACAAACAGUGAAGAAGGAUUUGUUGAAGUCAGUAGAAGGAAAAAACGUCUGCUGAGAAGUUUUUCCAAUAAUAUAGCAGGGGGAAAUUUAACUAGAUCUGACGAGAUAACGAAAUUUGAAGUUUGUAUAACCUCCAAAAAAGAAUUACCAAAACAAAUGGCUUUAGCGAAAUUAUUACGUAAUGAAAAUAUAUGUAAUGUCAACCGGAUAAAAUAUAAAUCACCUUUUAAAGUUUUUAUUUGCUUUGAGAAAGAUACAGACGCUACGAAGUUGAUCGAAAAUGAAAAUUUUAAAAAACUCGAGUAUAAUUGUCGGAAAACUUUAGAAUCCAAUAUAGUAUAUGGAAUAAUAAGGGGUGUAGACUUAGAAUUUUCAGAAGAAGAAAUAUUUGGAAUUUUGCGAAGCGAUAUUAAAAUAUUAGCUGUUAAAAGACUUAAACGUUUAGACUAUAGCGGGAAAUGGGUAGAAAGUGAAAGUGUCAGGAUAUGUUUUGAAGGCAAAUCACUACCCAUAUAUGUGACCGCAUUUGAUUGCAAUUUCAAUGUUGAAAAUUAUAUUUUUCCUGUAACGCAAUGCUCGGGGUGCUGGAAAUUUGGUCAUAUGAUCAAAGUAUGCCCGAUUAAGAAAAUAUUAUGUCCAAAGUGUGGAAGUACAGAACACAAUAAUUGCGACUUAAAAACUUUCAAAUGCCUUAACUGCAAAGGUCUACAUCUGGUUUUAGAUAGAUCUUGCCCAAUUUAUCGUAAAGAAAAAGAAAUACGUCUUGUUAUGAGCAAAGAUAAUGUUCCAUAUAAAAUAGCUCUUGAGUUAGUCAUGGAUAAUAGUCAAAAAGAAAAUUCGCUAAGACCCACUCAACCAUUAGAGAUAACAUCCAAUCUAACUGAAGCUACUUAUCAGCCGACAUAUAGUCAAGUUGUGGCGCGUGCACACAUCCAUAGAGAGGAAAAUAUGGGAAACAAACUAGAUAGAAACAUAGAAAAUAGUCAGAAAAAGGCAAAAACAAAGAAAUCGAGGAAAUAUAAAAUCAAUGAAAACCAAGUUGAGAGUCUCGGAGAAAAUACAAUGGAAGAAGAGGAACACAGUUCAUCUGAUAUUGAAGAACAUAAAAAAAGAAGAUUUGAUUUGAAGAAACUGUUAGCCAAUGUAUUUAACAUAUGGAGGUCAAUGAAUAGUUCUAUUGAGAAGAAAAUAAGUGCAGUGAUUGUGGCAAUUUUUGAAGAAGUGAAAGUAUGUGUGAGUGAUUUCUUUUCGGGAAGAAAAAUUUUAGAGACAAUUUUAGAACUCUUUAACAUUAGUAAUGGUUAAUACU